AUGAAAAGUCACCCAUACGUCCCCAGCAUGGUACAAGCUAUCACAGUCCUCACGGUAUUGAAGAUGAUGACCAAAGCUCAAACGAGCUGCGGCUCCGGCUCGAUGAACGGCAAGGUGAUGUACGAGCGGCUGCCCAACAUCCAGCUGCAGGGCUUCGACGACGACAUCGUCCGCGACACGGCGCCCCCGUUCGCCGUGCUCGAAAAGUGCCAGGACCUCUGCCUGCGCGACCGCACCCCCAACAACAUCGUCCGCACCUGCCAGUCGUUCGACUUCCAGCCGGGCAGCCGCAUCGCCUCCUACGGCGGCUCCGCCGACUACGAGGAGUCCACCUGCUAUCUCACGUCGGAGAGCGCCCGGCCCGAGGGCAUCGGCAGCCUCAUGAUCGUCCCCAACAGCGUGCACUUCACCGAAGUCUGCAUCACCUCCAGUCGACCGGAAAGGGAAUGCCCCAACAGGAAGUACAUAUUCGAAAGGCAUCCGAGGAAGAAGCUGAAGCUGCCGACGCCCGAUAUGAAGGAGAUGCCGGCUUCGAAUCGCACCGAGUGCGAGGACAAGUGCCUCAACGAGUUCAGCUUCGUUUGCAGAUCGGCCACGUACGAUUCGAACAUGCGCACGUGCACGUUGAGCCGGUACACGCGCCGGACGCAUCCCGAGCUGCUGGUCGACGAUCCGGAGUCGGAUUAUCUGGAAAACACUUGCUUGAAUGCUGAAAGGCGUUGCGAUGGUUUAGCUGUAUUCAUAAAGGAAGAAAACAAACGACUCGGCGGACCGUUCGAGGUGGAAAUGUUCACCAAUCUAACGCUGGACGAUUGCCAAGCGAUGUGCGUGCGAGCCGAAAAGUACCUGUGCCGCUCCAUCGAGUACGACGAGAUGAGCAAGCAAUGCACCCUAUCCGAAGAGGACUCCAUCUCCCAGAAGGACGACAUCGGAGUGGCCAGCAGCCCGUCGCAUCACUUCUACGACUUCGCCUGCUUGGACAGCCCGCGCGGCUCGGAAUACCCGGACAACUCGGUCACCUCGCACCUGUUCAGCGGCAAGAAACCCGACACCGCCUUCCAGCGGUACCGCAACAGCCGGCUGGGCGGCGAGCACCAUUCGGAGAUAUCGGGCCGGUCGCUCAGCGAGUGCCUCGACGAGUGCCUGCGCCAGCCGAGCUUCCAAUGCCGCUCGGCCGAGUACAGCGAACGCUACCGCACCUGCCGCUUGACCCGCUACAACCAAAGGGACGGCAUGCGCAUCAUCUACGACGCCGAUUACGAUUACUACGAGAAUCUCAUGCUUGGUGGCGAGAACGACGGUACAGCUCAAAGACCCGUCGAUGGUACCAACAGCGUGUAUCGACCCGGAGAGGAUCGCUACCCUUACAGACCUGGAAGGCCCGGUAACCAUCCUUCGAAAUAUCCCGGUGGUAGAUUCCCGCCGAGCAGUUCUGGACACGACGCCGGCGACAGGUAUCCAGAUUGGCGCCCGCCUCAUCGACAUCCAGACUUCGACGACAGAGACAGAGACAGAUACAACCCGUACGACAGGUACCCGGAUCGCGGCGCAUCCAGAUACCCCGAUUACCCCGGAUCUAAUAGGUACCCAGAUUAUCCUCCCGACGGAGGAUCCAGAUACCCCGAUAGAUACCCCGAUAGGUACCCGGAUCGAUCCAGAUAUCCCGACAGAGGCGGCUCCAGGUAUCCUCCAACGCACGAUUACCCCGACAGGUAUCCUUACUUCUCCCCAUCACCAGCCGGCAAAUACCCUGGAGAUAGAUACGGAGAUAGAUAUGGAGAUAGAUACGGAGAUAGGAACGGAGAUAGAUACGGAGGAAGUUUGUAUGGCAACAAAGACACCUACAACGGAUACAGAUAUGGUAGCAGGUACGGCGAAGACGACUUCGACAGCCGCUACGGAGGCGGCGGAAGCAGGUACAACAACAGAUACAACAACAGGCACGAUUACUACGGCGACGAGAGGAACGGCGGCAACAGGUGGUUCUUCAGGCCGGACCGGAGGCCCGGCGGGAGGCCGGUGGAUCCGGCGAGGCCGCAGGAACCGCCCGGCGGCGGCGGCGGCGGCGGCGGCAGGCCGUACUACAACGACAGAAGGAGGCCGUUGUCGCCAGGCCCCGACGGGCCCAUUUACGACAACUACGGCCCGAGCAACAACAACAACAGGCCGUACAAUUUCCGGUGCGACGAGGGCGAGGAUAAUUUCAAGCAGAUGGGCUACCGCCAGAGGAUGCGCAAGGAGUACAUCAAGAGGGCGCUGUACGCGCCGUCGUUGAGGGAAUGCGAGAGGGAGUGCAUCGAAACCAGGGAGUUUGUUUGCAGGGCUUUCAACUUUCGGGAUUCCCCGCCGAACGGCUACGAUCCGGCGGGCGAUCGGGACAACUGCGAGCUGAGCGACAGGGACACCAGAGAAUUGGAAAUGGACAAUCCGCAGUACUUCGACAACAAGGGCAUUUACGAUUUUUACGAACGCACCGCCAACGACGGCGAUUGUCUCGACGUGACCCAAGUGUGCAACGAAGACGGCAUGGAGUUCACCUUGCGCACGCCCGAAGGCUUCUACGGGCGGAUCUACACGUACGGCUUCUACGAUCGGUGCUUCUUCCGCGGCAACGGCGGCACGCUGAACGUGCUGCGCAUCAGCGGCGCCCAGGGGUACCCGGAGUGCGGCACCCAACGGUACGGCGACACCAUGACCAACAUCGCCGUGGUGCAGUUCAGCGACUACGUCCAGACCGGCAAGGACAAGCGCUUCAAUCUGACCUGUCUGUUCCGCGGGCCCGGCGAGGCGGUGGUGUCUUCCGGAUUCAUCGGAGCCGGGUCUGGAAGUCCGGUUCCUAUAGAGUAUCUACCUGCGGAGAACACUCUUAGCUCGAAGGUUAGAUUGAUGAUUCUUUACCAAGGGCGACCCACUACUACAAUUGCUGUCGGAGAUCCUCUUACGUUCAGAUUGGAAGCUCAAGAUGGCUACAAUUACCUCACGGAUAUAUUCGCUACCAACGUUGUAGCCAGAGAUCCUUAUUCGGGUAGAUCGGUCCAACUGAUUGAUCGAUUCGGAUGCCCGGUGGACAGUUUCGUGUUCCCCGAAUUGGACAAAGGACGUGGUGAUAGUCUAGAAGCGCGUUUCAACGCCUUCAAAAUUCCCGAAUCGAAUUUCUUGGUGUUCGAAGCGACUGUUCGCACGUGCAGGGAGGGUUGCCAACCGGCCUAUUGUCAAAUGGGCGCCGGUCGAUCCGAACCGUCCUUCGGCAGACGCAAGAGAGAUGUUAACGCGACUGUAGAAACUACAACAGAAGAAUACAACGUUACUAGCGAAACUAGCGUUGAAUUAGCGCAGAGCACCACGCAAGAACCGAGCAAAAAAGAGGAAUCGUUCGAGGACAAGGAGUUCGUGCGCGAGAUGAUCGAGGUGUUCGAUUCGCGCGAGGAGCUGCAGCAGGAGGCGCGACGGGCCGACUACCUGCCGGAGACGGUGUGCCUGACGCCGGGCGCCUACCACGGCCUCGUCGGCGCCGUCAUGGUGCUGGUGGCGGCGCUGCUGACGGGCGCGCUGGUGGCCGGCAUGGCCUAUCGCAAGUACUGGCUGAUCGUGCGCAAGAACGCGCUGGUGGACCGGUCGAAUUCGGACGUUUCGACGUCGUACGCGCGCACGCGCAGCUCCGGCUCGUCGAUUUUCGGCGUCCAGAAGCGGUUCGCGACGUUCGGUCGGGCGGCCAAUCUGGCGAGCUUUCCCAAGGUGGAGUUGGAGUUGCCGGAGCCGGCGCCGGGCGGGUUGUUUGAGGAUCCGAGCGAGCCGAUUUACACGGACCCGUCGCUGUUCGAGCGGUCGCGGAGCCUGCGCAGCAUCGCCAUUUCGUCGAAGCGGAGGAAAUCGCCCGGCCAGCGGAUGUAG